GAAAUAGGGAAGUGGGUCCGACCUCUUGAGAAUUGCGAGCGGCAGGCCUGGAUGUGGCGGAGCAGAGCUGGGACGUCUGGGCUGCUGUUCUGUGAACCUGGCUGUGAAAACUUGGUAAUCGGGGCUCCUCGCUUCUGGACUUCUGAAUUUAGUAUUAAAGUUAACUGCACCUAACAAGGUUUUAUUCAGGGGACGAACACUGUGCUUAAAACUUCCUUUCUGGCUAAAUGCCUUUUGUGCCAGUGAUCCCAGAGACCUAUAGCCAUGUGCUUGCAGAGUUUGAGUCACUGGACCCGUUACUCUCAGCUCUGCGGCUGGACUCCAGUCGUCUAAAGUGCACCAGCAUAGCCGCGUCUCGGAAAUGGCUGGCUCUGGGCAGCUCAGGAGGAGGAGUGAACCUCAUUCAGAAGGAAGGCUGGAAGCACAGGCUUCUUCUAUCCCACCGGGAAGGCGCAAUCGCUCAGGUUGCCUGUUGUUCACAUGAUGAUAAUUACGUUGCGGUAGCUACCAGUCAAGGUCUUGUGGUCAUUUGGGAAUUAAAUCAGGAGCAUCGUGGGAAGCCGGAGCGAAUUUAUGUGUCUUCAGAACACAAAGGCCGAAAGGUUACGGCUCUCUGCUGGGACACAGCUAUUCUUAGAGUGUUCAUAGGUGACCACGCGGGGAAGGUCUCUGCCAUCAAACUCAAUACUUCUAAACAAACAAAGGCAGCUGCUGCCUUUGUGAUGUUUCCUGUUCAGACGAUAAUAACAGUUGACUCCUGUGUUGUCCAGCUGGACUAUUUGGAGGGAAGACUGCUUGUAUCUUCCCUUACUCGAUCCUUCCUGUGUGACACUGAGAGAGAAAAGUUUUGGAAAAUUGGAAACAAGGAAAGAGAUGGAGAAUAUGGAGCUUGUUUCUUCCCCGGAAAGUGUUCUGGGGGCCAACAGCCUCUCAUAUAUUGCGCUCGUCCUGGCUUCAGGAUGUGGGAAGUGAGCUUUGAUGGGGAAGUGAAAAGUACACAUCAAUUCAAGAAACUCCUCUCCUCGCCGCCUCUUCCCGUGAUUACUCCGAGAUCUGAACCUCAGUAUGAUCACACAGGGGGAUCCCACCUCUCUUUGCCUUUCCCCAAACUCUUGCAUCUUAGUCAGUUGUGUGUGUGUGUGUGGGUAUUCCGUUCACUCUCUGUGUGUUCACCCUGUGGGCCUGCAGAUAUUCAGGAUGUGGCCGUCUACAAGAAUGAGCUCUUCUGUUUGCACCUGAAUGGGAAGGUCUCUCGUCUCUCCCUGUUGUCUGUGGAGCGCUGUGUAGAACGGCUGCUGCGCAGAGGCCUGUGGGUCCUGGCUGCCCGCACGUGCUGUCUUUUCCAAAACUCCAUUGUUGCCAGCAAAGUGAGUAAGAGCUUCCCUGAAAGUUUUAGUAUCUUGGACUCUGGUAUCUAUCGUAUCAUCAGUAGUAGAAGAGGCAGUCAGUCCGAUGAAGAUUCUUGCUCCCUCCACAGCCAAACUUUCUCAGAAGACGAGAGACUUAAAGAAUUUACCUCACAUCCAGAAGAGGACCAGCCAGACCAGGACUGUGGCUCACAGGGCAGUGAAGCCAAUGUUUCUCAUGUUCCAGUGACGUUUGAGACAGAUAAGAAUGAAACUUUUCUCCCCUUCGGCAUUCCAUUAUCAUUUCGUUCUCCAUCUCCUCUUGUGUCUCUCCAGGCAGUCAAAGACAGUGUUUCUAGCUUUGUGCGUAAGACUACUGAGAAGAUCGGUACCCUUCACACAAGCCCUGAGCAGAAAGUGAGGCCUGAAGCCAGGGAGGAUGAUCAGGCUCACGAAGAGGAAGUGAGUUCAGUUAUCUGCCCAGAGGAAGAAGAAACUGAAGAGAAAAAAGAAGUAACUAGUCAACCCCCAGAAGAAGACAGGUUGCAAGAGCUCACAGUGGCAACAGCAGAAGCAAUGACCAAGCUUCUGGACCCUUUGGUUCUGUUUGAACCCCAGUCUCUGAGAGUAGUUUUACAAGAGUGGCUUUCACACUUAGAAAGAACAUUUGCCGCGAUGGAUUCUCCAGGUACUUCGGAUACUGGCAACUCACCUGCGGAACUACCCCAGGACGUGCCAUUGCCUGAUGAGCUAGAAACAAGAAUGUCAUGUGAAAAUAAUGAAGGAGAAAAAAGGGACUCUUUAAGCAAUGAAGAAGCCAGUGACCCAGUAGAAUGUGAAUCUGCGAGUAGUCCAGGGGAGCCUUCAGAUGCCCUUUUCCAAGUGAGUCCUCCGUGCACCAUAUCAGCCAGUCUUCAGAAGGACCUGGCUGAACUGACCUCAUUGUGCUUGGAGUUGGGUGUAUUGAAUCCUACUGCUGGAAACGCAGUUGGACAUGCAGCCCACACUUCGCCACAGAGCCCUCCUGAAGUUCAGGCUUGUCAGUUCCUAAAGAAGUACUUCUUUCUCCUGGACUUGAAAAGAGCAAAGGAGAGUAUCAAGCUUAGUUAUCCCAGCAGCCCCUGUGUUUGGGAGACUUUUCUUGAAGGAUUGAAAGAAUUGGCAAGUUCCAACCCUGCAUAUGUGGAGAUGGGAGAAGGAGAUCUACCAACAGGAUUAAAGUUAUUGGAUGACUCUGUUCCCUUGGAUAGCCCUUUGUUAAUUGCUUAUGCUGCCCGGUUAUCCGAGAAGUUUGGGGAUUCUGCCCUUCGAUCCUUGAUCAGGUUUCAUCCAUCCAUCUUGCCUUCGGACAUUGUACAACUUUGUCAUCAUCAGCCAGCUCAGUUUCUGACUUACUUAGACAGUUUGGUAAAAUCAAGACCUGAAGAACAGCGGUCAUCUUUUCUAGAGUCCCUUCUUCAACCAGAGUCCAUCAGAUUAGAUUGGCUACUUCUGGCGGUGUCGCAUGAUGCUCCACCGAGCACUAGUACUAUGGAUGAUGACGGGUACCCCAGGCCUCAUUCACACUUGUUUUCCUGGGGUUACAGUCAGCUGAUCCUUUAUCUAAUUAAACUUCCUGCAGAUUUUACAACCAAAGAGAAAAUGACUGACAUCUGUAAGUCUUGUGGUUUCUGGCCUGGAUAUCUUACUCUGUGCUUGGAGCUGGAGAGAAGAAGAGAGGCCUUCACCAACAUCGUGUAUCUGAAUGAUAUGAGCCUGAUGGCAGGGGACAGUGGGUGGAUCCCGGAGACUGUGGAGGAAUGGAAGCUUCUCCUACAUCUCGUGCAGAGCAGGAGCACAGGGCCAGCACCCCAGGAAUCGCUGAAUGGGAGCCUCAGCGAUGGGCCUUCCCCAGUCAGCAUGGAGAAUGUCGCUCUCUUGUUGGCUAAGUCCGUGGGCCCAGAUCGGGCCUGGUCCUUGCUACAGGAAUGCGGACUGGCCCGUGAGCUGUCAGAGAAGUUCACCAGAACCUGUGAUAUCCUGAGGAUUGCUGAGAAAAGGCAGAGGUAA